AUGGGUACGCUUCAGUCUUGGAGAAGAGCCUAUGGUGCGAUCAAGGAUAGCACCAAAGUGGGUCUUGCCCAUGUCAAUAGCGAUUACGCGGAUUUGGACGUUGCCAUAGUCAAAGCCACGAACCACGUCGAAUGUCCCCCCAAAGAGAGGCACCUUAGAAAGAUUCUGCUUGCCACGUCUGCUGUUCGACCUAGGGCUGAUGUUGCUUACUGUAUUCACGCUCUCUCCCGGCGGUUGGCAAAGACGCGCAAUUGGACGGUGGCAUUGAAAACACUGAUAGUCAUCCAUAGGUUAUUGAGGGAGGGUGAUCCUACUUUUAGAGAAGAACUUCUGAAUUUCUCACAAAGAGGACGGAUUCUCCAACUUUCAAAUUUUAAGGAUGAUUCUAGCCCAAUUGCUUGGGAUUGCUCUGCCUGGGUACGUACUUAUGCACUAUUUUUGGAAGAAAGACUUGAAUGUUUUCGGAUUUUGAAGUAUGAUAUUGAAGCUGAGCGUCUACCCAAACCUGCCCAAGGGCAGGAGAAGGGGUACAGCAAGACCAGGGAUUUGGAUAGUGAGGAGCUAUUGGAGCAGUUGCCUGCUUUGCAGCAGCUGCUGUAUCGUCUUGUUGGUUGUCGGCCAGAAGGAGCAGCUGUUAGCAAUUAUGUGAUACAAUAUGCUUUGGCUCUGGUACUGAAAGAGAGCUUUAAGAUUUAUUGUGCCAUUAAUGAUGGCAUUAUCAAUCUUGUUGAUAAGUUUUUUGAGAUGCCCAGACACGAGGCUAUUAAAGCCCUUGAAGCUUACAAACGUGCGGGUCAACAGGCAGCAAGUCUAUCUGAUUUCUAUGAUGUUUGUAAAGGAUUGGAACUUGCUAGGAAUUUUCAGUUUCCUGCCUUAAGAGAGCCUCCACAAUCUUUUCUUACAACCAUGGAAGAGUACAUUAAAGAGGCACCACGAGUGGUUACAGUUCCAAGUGAGCCAUUGCUUCAGUUGACUUACAGACCUGAAGAAGUUCUUGCAAUUGAAGAUAGCAAACCAUCUGUUGAAGAACAGGAGCCACCAGUUCCGGUUGAUAAUAAUGUUGUUGUCUCUGAUUCUGAACCUGCACCUCCACCUCCUCCACCACCUGCAUCUCACAACAAUUUUGAAACUGGAGACCUGCUGGGAUUGAAUGACACUGCAACUGAUGCAUCAUUCAUAGAGGAAAGAAAUGCUCUUGCCCUAGCCAUAGUCCCCACUGAAACCGGCACUGCUUCAGCUUUUAGCUCAACUGCUCAAACAAAAGAUUUUGAUCCAACUGGAUGGGAGCUUGCCUUGGUCAGCACUCCUAGUACUGAUAUUUCUGCAGCGAAUGAGAGACAAUUGGCUGGUGGAUUGGACUCUCUCACACUUAAUAGCUUAUACGAUGAAGCGGCAUAUAGAUCUUCUCAACAACCGGUAUAUGGAGCACCAGCCCCAAAUCCAUUUGAAGUGCAGGAUCCAUUUGCUUUAUCAGGCAGCAUCCCUCCCCCACCUGCUGUCCAAAUGGCAACAAUGCAACAGCAAGCAAAUCCUUUUGGACCUUACCAACCAUUUCAGCCUCAGACACAGCCACAGCAGCAGCAGCAGCAUAUGUUGAUGAACCCAGCAAAUCCCUUCGGGGAUGCAGGAUUUGGGGCAUUUCCCCCCAAUCCUGUUUCUCACCCACAGAACAAUCCAUUUGGAAGUACAGGCUUGCUAUAA